GGAUUUCCCUGCCCUCCAGGGACACUAGCUACAGCUAACGCCAGCAGCAUGGAAGGGUGCAGGUUGUGUCCUGCGGGCUAUGGCUGCACCUUUGGAAACCACAAAGAGGCCUGCGCUGCUGGAUAUUACUGUCCAGCUGGCACACACGACUCCAGAUCUAUCCCUUGCCCUCCAGGCACCUACAAUCCCAACAUUCUGGCCACAUCACGGAGCAGCUGCCUGGCCUGCCCCAAAGGCAGCUACUGCGCCAGCCUCGCACAAACCUCCCCAGACAACUGCCCUUCAGGGCAUUACUGUGACGCAAAAGGAUUGGUUCUUGGGAUUCCUUGCCCAGCGGGGACAUACAACACCAAGACCGGCUCUACAAGCCUGAGUGACUGCCUCACGUGCCCAGCGGGGAUGUUCUGCCCGGAGAAGGGAACCUCUAUUCCAAGAACUUGCCCAGCUGGAACCUUUAACGACGGUAGUUCCCUUGCAUCGAGUUGUCAGCCGUGUCCCCCUGGAAGUGCUUGUGCUAUUGGCUCUAUUAGCCCAACUUCUUGCGAUCCUGGGGGAUAUUCCGGCACAGGAGCAGCCGAGUGUGAAGCCUGCCAAGCUGGCUAUUACUGUGAUGAGGAGCAGAUGACUUAUGAGGACAUGCUAGAGAAAGAAUGCGAGCCUGGAUUCACAUGUACUCUCCCAGGGGUUGCGGUAAAGCCGUCACUGGACACCCAUGGCUGCCCCGCAGGGCACUAUUGUACUGGUGGCUCUUCUCCCCCUCUUCCGUGCCCUGUAGGGACAUACGGCUUGAAUCUAGGCGCUACUGCGAUAGAUGAAUGCCUGCCGGCACCAGCUGGAUCCUAUGUGGAUACACCGGGGUCUACAGAGCCCUCAGGGAGCUGUCUGCCUGGCUAUUACUGCCCUGAGGGAUCAUCCAGCUCCAAGGAAAUGAUUUGCCCAGCCGGUACUGUGGGCAGGAGCCCCGGUAGCAAGUCAGUGGAGGAGUGCGAGCCUUGCGAUCCAGGGGUCACGUGUCAGAUUCAGCAUGGAACAUUGGUGCAGCUGCCUUGCUCCGCUGGUCAUUACUGCCCUGCAGGUUCUUCAGUAGCCCAGCGUUGCCCGGAGGGCACAUACCGUGGCUUUACUGGGGGAACUUCUGUUGAGGACUGCUUCAAGUGCCCUGCGGGGUACUUUUGCUCUGGCACAGGUCUCUCAGCGCCCUCUGGCACAUGCCUUGCUGGGUACAUUUGCUCGAGCAGCUCCACAAGUCCACGCCCAACCGACGGGAUCAGCGGCAGUGCUUGCAGCUUUGGGGGGUACUGCCCUUCUGGAGCCCUCUCAAAGCAACCGUGUCCCGCUGGGACAUAUAAUCCAGACAAGAUUGGUUUGGGCCCUGCCGAUUGUGCUGUUUGCCCACCCGGGUACUAUUGUGAGGGCAGUACUAGUACAGCACCCACCGGGUUGUGCGAAGCCGGUUUCAUCUGCCCUAAAGGAGCCAGCAACCCCAGACAAAAGCUGGCACCAAAAGGACACUACUCGGAGGAGGGAGCUGGUGCUGCUACUCCAUGUCCUAGAGGGACGUUCAACCCUAACGAGGGCCAAGCGCAAUGCACUCUGUGUGUAGCUGGGUUUUACUGUCCAGAUACUGGCGCAGAGACCAUGCUUCAGUGCCCUGCUGGGUAUUACUGCGAAGAAGGAUCAGAAGAACCAACGCCAUGCCCCGAAGGGACUCUUAGUUCACGGACAAUGCAGCCUUCAGCAGAGAGUUGCAUGCCCUGCCCGCCCACAUAUUACUGCAUGGGCGAGGGAAAUCAGCUUGGUAUGGAAAGGCCACACUUGUGUGCCCCGGGGACAUACGGGGCCAGUGAAAGUCUAGUGGUAUCCUAUCAGUGCAGUAAAUGCACUGAAGGCAGCUACUGCUCCAGAACGGGACUGUCAAGUCCAGAAGGAACAUAUAACUGGAUGAGUGGGGCGAAAGAGUGCAAACCUUGCCCAGCAGGUUUUCUUUGCGGCCUUAGAGUCGCGGACUACACCAAAACUCGUUGUCCUGCGGGCAACUAUUGUCCAGCCGGCCUUGACACCGGUGCUCCCCUGCAGUGUCCUGCAGGCACAUUUGGACCCACACAGGGGCUUAUGCAUGUACGGCAGUGCCAGCCCUGUCCACCGGGGAAAAUAUGUACCUCCAAAGGCAUCGAAUCUCCCCAAGAAGCUUGCCCUGCCGGGUCGUACUGCCCAGUGGGAGACCAAAGCAGUCAAACAGAAAUCGCAGCGCUGCCCUGCCCGGCCGGUAGUUACUGUCCUUCUGGAGUGGCUAGCCCCAUUACGUGUCCGCCAGGCAAGCUAUGUACAAAAGAAGGUUUGACGGAACCUGAUAUGGAGUGCCCCGCAGGUCUCCUGUGCGAGGCGGGAACCUCAAGCCUGGACUCUGCUACACUAUGCCCUGUGGGGUUCGUGUGUGUGGAGGGAGCUGCUGAUGCUCUACCCUGUCCCAGGGGCAAGUACAGCACCCAAAGUGGCUCAGGCUCCCUCAUGCAAUGCAGGAAGUGCCCUGCCGGACAAUACUGUGACAGUGCAGUUCCAGGGCAAAUCACCGGGCUCUGUGCUGCUGGAUUUUAUUGCGAAGAGGGAGCCAGCUCUCCUUGGAGCAAAAUUUGCCCCAGCGGCAAGGUCUGCCCUGAAGGCUCUGGUACUCCCGCCACAUGCCCCGUGGGCACUGCAACCUUUGCUGAUGGAUCCUCCCUCUGCAGCGCAUGCCCUGCCGGCUUGACCUGCUUAGGAGGAAAGCUUCUGGAAUGUGAAGCAGGAGCCUAUUGCGAUGGAGAAGCGGGCCAAGCACCGUGCCCUACAGGGACGUAUAUGCCAUUUAAGGGAGCUACCAGCGUGGACUCCUGCCUCCCCUGCCCCGCCGGGAAGGCCUGCCCCACUUCUGGGACCGCCAUUCCAACCAACUGCGAAGAAGGAUAUUACUGUAUUUCUCAGUCAACCUCCGCCGUUCCAGAAACUUUAGUUCCGCUUUCUGAGGCGCUUGCAGCCGCAGCUGGACUUUCGGGGGCCUCUACGACGGGGGGGGCAGCUUGCCCAGCAGGCGGCUUCUGCCCCUUGGGUACCCGCUUUGCCGUGCCAUGUCCUCCUGGAAUGUAUUGUGGACGAUCACAUCUGACUGAGCCUCAGGGCACUUGUGCAGCAGGGCAUUUUUGUGUCAACUCCAGCGAAUCGGACAGUCCUCAGGGACCUACUGAUGCUUGCCCCUCCAGAUCCGUUGGAGGGUUUUGUCCUGCUGGCCACUACUGCCCGGUCGGCUCCUCAGAGCCCAUAGCCUGCCCUAGUGGAUCCGUGCGGCAGCAUCGACUUGGCAAGGAUUCGAGUUCGUGCGACCCGUGCCCUGCAGGGAGUUUCUGCCCAAGUCCCGGCCUUCAAAAGGCUGCGGGUGAAUGCGCUCAGGGUUUUGUCUGCCCUGAAGGGUCUAAAGAUGUCGCAGAAGAGCUGUGUCCCUCGGGUUCAGCGUGUGGAGGCGCAACAGGGGAGCCCCAAGCAUGCCAGCCAGGGACUUUCCAGGCAGACGCAGGCAGCACAAGCUGCACCAACUGCCCCGCAGCCUUCUACUGUGCAGACGCAGCGCAGCCACCCAUAGCAUGUCCAGAGGGAAAUUAUUGUCCAGAAGGGUCACAAAGUCCCCAGCCCUGUCCUCCCGGGACCUAUAGAAGUGUCAAAGGUGGUGCAGCAGAAGAUGACUGCUUCUCUUGCCCCCCAGGGAAAUAUUGCUCUUCUUGGGGUACUAAGAGUAAUCUUCUGGAUUGUCCUGCUGGAUACUAUUGCCGCUUGGGGGCUGGCACACUAGGCAAUGCAGUCCAAUAUCAAUCAAUGUUUACUGCCAACGGGCAGAUUACUGACCAUAAUCUCAGCGUUGCAGUGGAAGACCCUUGCAACGGGGUAUUACCGUGCGUCUAUGCAUUAGUGUGUCCUGCAAACACCUACUGCCCGAAGGGCUCCUGGACCCCAACUCACUGCCCUAGUGGCACCGGCCACACGCGUCGCGGGGCCGCCUCAGCGGUAGAGUGCCUUAAAUGUGGUGCUGGGGUCUACUGUAAAAGCUCAGGAACUCAAGAGCCCUGUGAUGAGGGUUUUGUCUGUUACGGGGCAGCAGUAACAGGAAGGCCACUAGAGGGGAGCACAGGAGAAAUAUGCCCUAAAGGUCGCUACUGUCCUAGGGGUACUACUAACUCCAGAGUCUGUCCCAUUGGCACGUAUGGGCCUACGAAAGGCCUUAGCUAUGCCUGUGAUCCCUGCCCUCCUGGGAGAGUCUGCCAGCAAGAGGGACUUACGGAGGCACCCAAUAUAUGGUGUACAAAAGGCUCCUAUUGCCCUGAAGGGGCCAUAAAUCCCCGGCAAUGCCCAGUGGGAACUUAUAAUGACCAGCUGGGGCAGCCAGACGAAUGGGGCUGCCUGGAAUGCCCUCCUGGGCAGUACUGCAGCUCACCCGGCCUUGCUGAGCCUUCUGGGCCAUGCGACCAAGGGACGUGGUGCAUCUCUGGAUCACAGAUUAAUGACGCAGUCACAGCCUACCUACCGCUUUCAGCAGUGCUUUGUCCAGCAGGUUACACAUGCGAAAGCGGGGCGAUUGUCCCCACCGCGUGCCCCAAGGGGACGUACAAGGACACAGAAGGGGAAGCAGAGUGUUCCACCUGCCCAGCUGGAGUCUACUGUGCCCAUGAAGCUGUGAUCACUGCGGCGGGGGAUGGGCCGUGCUAUGCUGGAUUCUACUGUACAGGUGGUUCAACAACGCCAGCUCCUACAAAGGAAAAAAACGGAGAUGUGUGUCCUCCGCACAAAUACUGCCCGGCAGGCUCAUCUACUCCGCUAGAUUGCCCUGCUGGCACAUUCAACAGCAAUUCAGGCAUGAAGGCUUGCCCAGACUGCACCGCCGGGUACAAGUGCGCAGUUGGAGUCAUAGAGGAGUGCCCGAUGGGUGGCUUCUGCCCCUCUGGUCAGGCCGAAGUCAGUGUUUGCGGGGCAGGAACCAUCGGCAAAGCAAAGGGCUUCAGUGUGCAGGACGAAUGCGCAGACGGGCCAUGCCCCUCAGGCUUGUACUGCCCCACCGGAACAAAGACACCAGAGAGGUGUCCUGAGGGCCUUGCAACUGCAUCUGAAGGAGCCAAAUCACAGGACGAUUGCGUUGACUGUCAACUUGGCUACUUAUGUGGCCCACUGACUUUGAACCCCAUUAUUUGCCCUGAAGGGGCCUUCUGUCCUCCCGGUCAGGACCUCCCAACAGCAUGUCCAAUUGGGACCUAUCAAGGCUUGCGCGGAGUGAUGCAGGCGGACAUGUGCAAUCCCUGUGCAGCAGGACACACCUGCCCUACCGAAGGAAUGGAAAUUUACGCGAACAGUGUCUGCCCAUGGGGCCACUACUGCCUGCAAGGGAGCGCAGAGCCAGAACCAUGUCUCCCAGGAACAUUCAACGACCAGAUUGGCUCAAAAUCCGCGGAUGAAUGCACGCCUUGCCCUGCGGGUUUUUUUUGCCCUGGACAUAAGCGAAGUUUUCAUGUUUCUCUAGAGGCCGUUGAACUAUCCCUGUUUCGGCAGGCAGAUAUGGUCAUACAGAGGGGGCAAAACGAGAGCUAUCGGUUGGCAUGCAUUCCCAAGACGUACUGCCCCGCAGGGUCUGUUGAGCCGACUCCGUGCCCUGAAACCUUCUACUGUCCCGGAGAGUCAGGAGAGCCUCUUCCUUGUCCACCGAACCACUACUGCCCUGAAGAGACCGACACCCCAAUGCCCUGUCCAACGGGCUUCUUUUGCCCUGGUGGCGCCACCAAGCCAUUCACUUGCCCUGCUGGUAGCCGGGCUAAAUCAACAUGCGACGGGACCUUGACGGUCAACGCUUGCUGCGAACUGUGCCCAGCUGGGACCUACUCAGACUCAAAUGCAUCUUCUGUCUGCAGUCCCUGCAGUGCCGGAUAUGUCUGCACUGGUGGAGCGACAAGUCCAAUGCCAUUAACUGCUGGGGGCCACAUCUGUCCUGCUGGCUACUAUUGUCCUGCUGCAACGGUUGUCCCCCUCCCUUGCAGUCCGGGAACCUACAGGGAAGCACCAGGGGCGACGGAUGCUGCUGAAUGCUUAGCGUGCCCCGAGGGGACUUAUCAACGCUUCCUUGCAAUGACCUCCUGUGACACCUGUGGGUCACAUGCGGUAGAGGAAAAGAAAUCUGGUUCGCUUACAUGUGUUUGCUUGGGCAAAAAUCGCGUGUACCAGCAUGGAGACAAAAAGUGUUCCUGUCAGCAAGGAUUUGUGAGCUAUGAUCAUCACUUGGAAGUAGCGGAGCUACAAGAUGGGACGCUGCCUUGUCAGCCAGCGACUUUUACGCGUUGCACAUCGACCGAGUUUAGGGAUCACUUAGGGAGAUGUGUGGCUUCGGUUGACUGUACGGAAGCGUGUGGGCCAGAGGGUGGUACUUUCCUGAGCAGUAUAGGCAUCUGUGAAUGCGCAAAUGCCCUCGCGGAAGCUGCACAAUGCAGCAGCAAAUGCAAGUCAGUGCUGCCAACUGUCACCCUCGGCACAAAUGCGAUCAACCUCGUGGAUCACCAGACAGGAGAAACAACCCUUCUGGAACAUCCAGAUAUUGACUUAACUUAUGCUAUCAAGUACUGCUCAAUGCUUCGAGAGCUUCUGGUGGACCUGGAGGUUCCUUGCCGCAUUUACUUCCAGCGCGCUGAUCAGGCGGGGCUGCAUGCACUGUACGCCCCUCCAAGUUCUCUCUGGGCGCCAACGAAGUGGCGUGCAGGAGGCACAGACCAACGACUUUUGGCAUGGAGUCGACGCAGCUCAAGACAUACCAAGGCCAGCGCCAAGUCGUUACCUCGGGGACAGGAGGCUUCUCAAGUCGGAGAGAUUGAGGAACUGCAGCAACAGAAUGUACUAAGACGGCUAGGGUCAAGCUGGAGGCAGUCCUUUAACUUCGAACUACAGUCGAUGGCAGUCAACAACUCCGUGACCUGCAUUUUAGUCGGAUCUUCCAUUGUCUGGGAGCUCAAAGAUGGAGUAUAUCCUGUGUAUGUAGAGGAUUCGUUACUCAAUUCAAGCAAAACCUUUGAUAGCACCGAUUUUCGGCAGCUAAUUGAAGCGGCAGAGGAUAAUCGACUGGCCGAUCGCGGUUUCUUCGUUCAUACUUUUGAGUCCGAAGGAACGUUUGUGUUUGCCUCUUCAAAGCAUAAAGCCAAAAUAUCAGUUGUUCGAGUGCUGGCACCAGGCAUGCAUUGCCCGGGAGACACAGAAAACCCCACUCCAAUUCGACUUCGUCCUCUUGGUCUCCUGGCAAUUUCCCUCAUGACAGACAAACUCAUUUUAGACCCCAAUUGGAGUCUCCUCGUGAUGCUUCUGCUGGCUCUGCUCCUUGUCGUGCUUAUUUUGCUGAGUUCUGUGGCAAGGUUUGUCUGGCAUCGGUGGGCAGCAACCAGGGCCCCAACUGCUUCAAGCAAUAUCUAUUGUCAGGAUCACAGCAGGACUGCAGUGCAGAGCUACAAAGAUUCCGCCAAAUCAGCAAUUGACUUUUACGUAAAGUUCUUAAAACCAACGGGUCCAAUAAGGAUAGCCCACUACAGGCUCCGGGACGACCUGCUUGAUACGACAGAACAGGAACAGUACGACCCUGAAGCAGACGUAAAGCCUGCUCUUGACCGGCUUCACGUUGAUAUAGACAUCCAAGAUCUUCGCGUAGUCCAGGCCACUCUUGAAAAGCUGUACGACAUGCGGGAAACCAUAUCCCUUUUACUGAAGGAGGAAAUGAAGCGAGAAGAAGAUACCUGCUCUGAAGCGAUUCAGCUGGUGGGAGAGAUGCUGAACAAUUUGAAACAGCGCAUCGAAUGUGCCCACCUGGAAGGGGGCCUGCCGAUCAGUAAUCGGCAUGUCACCUCCCUGUUGCACUACAUUCUGUCAACUCUUCAAGGCCCGGAGAAACGGCAAGCCGCAGAAGCACAGCUUAUGUUAGUAGAGCAGGAGCUCACACAUCAUCAGGGAGAAAAAUCUGCAGCACUUAAAACAGCACACAUGGGCAGAAAGGAAGCUGAUAUCCUCAGAGCCUGCGUCACAAAGGCAGGUCCCUCUGUCUUUGAUUCAUUAGACACAGCUGCCAUGACGGCCAAAGGAAGUGGGGAGUCAGUGGUGGAGUUACAAGAAGCCUCUUCCCACUUUGCUGCUAAGGCCACCGCAGACACUGAAGGACAGCGACAUUUCCUGUUGGCAUCUAUAUAUGACUCGUUGCUCAAACGCGAAGCAAAACAAGUUUCCAGGCGGUUUAAGAGCCUUUUGUACUUGCACAGACACGUCGAUCUGGCUGAGCGUCGUAGGCAGGAAAAGCAGAUAGCUUUCGCCGCUCUCUGCAGCGUGUGCAGAGAAGAGAUGGUUGAUAUCCAAGACUUGGGGAACCUCAUGGUUUUACAAUGGCAACAAACUUUCCUUAUCAACAAAUUUAAGGAAAACACGCGCCUUCUCAACGAAAUUUCAUCUUCUCUCAAUCGCUUACUACAAGAGACUCUGGCGGAGUUACUGACGGCUCACGACGGAGAAAUCCCGUCAGUUGUCAACAACCUUUGCGGCUCCAUUGCAGCUUUACUACGACAGAAGUGUUCAAAAGUAACAGGCAAUUGGACAAAAUCCGCGUAUAGCAAAACGGCUGCUAAGGAGCUGCAGGGCCUCAUGGAGCAGCAGGAAACACAAAUCAAGGCUAAGUCUGAGGGACAUAUGGAGCUUCUGCGCAAUUCAUUACAAGCCUCUCACGACGCCGCAGUGAGGCAUGUUCAUCUACUGGCAGAGCAUGAAAGAUCAGCACUUAGCAAACUUAGUAAGGCACUCAAAAAGGAGUUACACGCCCAAUAUGCUGCAGCAGCAGCCAAAACGGCUGCUGCUGCCGAAGCCCAGGCCGAAGCCUUUGCUAUAGCAAGAAAGUGCAAGGCCAGCAAAGAAUUUGAUGUUUGUCAGUUAGUAGUGGCAGGCCUCACGUACUUGAAGGGUAACGAGGAACGCAAAAACUCAAGUGAUUUAGAGCCGGAAAGUAUCGAGGGGGCAAAGAAGCGCAGCCUUGAACUCCUAGCAGCUGCGCUUUUAAGCCGGGAAGAGGUGCAAGGCAGACGCAAAGACAUCAGACAUGAGCAUCUUGAGCAGCGCCAUCAAGCAGUGCUAAACUUUAUUGGAGAAACGUCUAGGCUGCUGUCAGAACGCGCAAAGGCUGCUACAGAGGCAGCAAUACGAUUGGCUGAGACCACCGCAGCUGCAGAGGCAGAACUCGGAGCUCCCUUGCUGCGGCAGAUGGGCUUUUCUUGUGCUUUUGAAGAUUUAUCUCGGGUUUGUGCAUUACCUGAGAGAACAAAAAUCCGGUUACAGGAACUGAGGCAGCAACUGCAAGACUCGUUUCAGCAGACGAUAGAAAUGCACUCAAAGAAGUUCCAGCUCGCACAUGCCGCAGCCGUUGUAGCUUUCAAACGCAUCAACAAGCAAUACCUUGACAAUCUCAAGCGUGCGUUUUAUGGAUAUCGCGAAGCUGUGGAGACCCUGGAACAGGAAGCGUCUGCAAAGCUAUUGCACUUGCAAAAGGAAGAGAUGAAACAGAGGAUGGCCAUCAAGGCUUUAACUGCCGAGAAUAUGUCUAAGGCUUUCCUCUUUGGAGCAAAUGCGGAGGCCCGGAAAGCAGUGUGCCAAAAGCAGACGCACCUACUGGAAGGCUAUCGCCGUCAUCAAUACGACUUUUCUGAAUUGAAGUCUCGACUGGAUGAUGUAGCAGUGUUUGAAGAGGAUCGUGCUGCGAGAGCACGCGAUGAAGAAGAAUCCCGGCUAUUUGAGGAAAUCACAGUCUUGAAGAUGCUUGGCACGAAGGAGAAUGAACUACUGGAGCUAAUCCAUUCACAGCCUAGUGUAGCCGAAGAAAAAGCACUAGAGUCAUCUGCCAUUGAGCUUCACGAGACCCAGGUUCAUAGCGCAACCUCGCGAACUAUGAUGCUAUGGUUGGAGUACUCACAGACUAAGGCCACAGCUGUGGUCACUAUCUCUGCUCGUGGCACAUCCUUUGUAGAAUCUGACAUAGCAGAGUACUGCUCGAGCUGGGAUCGGGCGCUGAACGUCUCAGCCGCAAAUAAAAUGCAAGAUAUCCAGAAAUAUAAGGCAGCCCAAAAAAACCGCUUGCAGAGCCAGUCCAAGUCCGAAGCAGCCCAAAACAUGGCAAGAUGCAAGCAACAGUUACAUGUGGCCAACGAAAUUAUUGAGCUUCAGCAACGCUGGGGUCCGGUAGCUAGUGAGAGCAACCAAUUUGUGCAUGACCUGCUGUACAACCUGGCAAUUCACCAAGCAGAGGCUGAGUUCAGCGUAGAUAAAGCGGCCCUCAUGGGAAACACGGAAGUGGAACUAAAAUCAGUAGAAGCUGAACUUGAAAAGCUGGAUGAGCUCUGCCGGCGGACGGAAGAAGCUGUCAGUGCGACGAACUUAAUAGACGAGGAGCUACCGUCUGCUGCCAGGCCGUGUGCUGAAGACGGCUCGAUUUGUGUUGAAUGCUUGCCCGAUCAACUGGAGUCACUGAUACUCACAAAAUCGACGGGAGACGCAGGAGUCAGGAACGAAGAGAGCGGAGACAAUCAAUUAGUGCAAGCCUUUGAGAGAUGUUCGCUACCUACUGCAGCCGCCCAUCAAGUUCAGCCUGGGAUAAAAAGCAACGGACCACCUGGAAAGCCGCUGGAGGCCUGCAUAUCUGACGGAUCAGGAGUCGAAAGGCAGCUGUGUCUUGAUGCAUUGUCCGACAAAGGAGAUAGACAAGUUCAUGCACAGCUGCUUGAACAAUAUGAACAGCGUGCUCGCCAAGCAGAAGAGGAAACAACGCGCGAGAGACUAAUCCAGGACCAGCGUACCCGGCAGCUAAUACAGAAUAGGCGCCAGCGACUACUUGAUCAAAAAGCACGUCUCGAGGCCAAACUGAAACAAGACCUCAACUUACUAGAACUGCAGAGAGAGCACAAGCUUGAAAAACUCCAGCGUGAGCUACACCAAGAACUUGUUGACUUUUCGAUAGAAUUCGAGGUGGAGCCGCACGAGCUGGAUAAGCUCGCGCGACAACUUUGGGCUGAUUCUCACCAGCGGUACCAGAAACAGCUGCGGGCUCUGGAGAAAAGACAUUUGGAAGCUAUGCGGGCUGCACACGAGGCCUUUGUUCAAGACCGAGAUUCGCAUCAUUCUGGUACCGUGUACGCUGAACCCCAGUUGCAUCACGUGGACUGGAAAGAGGUGUCACGAAAGCUACAAAAUGAGCAGCUGGAAGAAAAACAUCAGCUGCAAAACUUGUGGCAGACCAAUCUUGAAGGAAGGCUGCGACUACUAGCUGCGAAGGGUAGCGAGUCGGCAAAGGGAUACCUGGAAGAGGCUAAAGAAGCUAGGCGUCGCCUGGAAGAGGCUUCCCAGCGGCGCUUUGAUGAGCUUAGACAGGAGCAGGCUUAUGCGCAGAGCGCCAUUCAGGAAUUGGAAAAGAUACAAAAACGUCAACUAGACCAAAGGCUUAAGCAGGUUGAGGCCCAGUGGACACAAAGACUACAUGACCUAAAGAAUGAAGAGUGGGCAAAGCUAAGGCAAGUUCAAGACCUGGUGGAAGCAGGAUUCAAGGAAAGAAAAAUGAUGCUUACAGCCGCAGGCAACUUGAUGGACAAUGCGCAAGACGGGGACGCCGGAGAGAAUCUCGGGUCGCACAAACACACUAGGCAUGAACAAAUGAUGAACGACCUUGCCGCUGACAUGCGCCAGUUGCAGCACGCUCUUCAUGCAGAUAAAUUACGUCAGAAAGCAACACACCAUGGCAAACUCCUAAAGCGGGUUGAACAAAGAAGAAGGCGCAUACUCAGCGAAGCAGUCAAGGACCAGAAAGCUUUGGCCAAAGAUGCGAUGGAACAACAAGAGCACUUGCUAAGUCAGCAGCUUCAUCGGCAGCAAUUUUUGUUUAGUCGGGCAAAAACACACCAGGUAGCGCUGAAGUUCUCUCAACAAUGGCUAGCAAAGGCGAGACAACAUCUGCGACCUUCUACCAAUGUCGAUUCAGGGUCGGGAAAGCUACACGAGUUGUCGGAAAAAGAGUUCUUCAGGAGAUACGCUCGCAUGCGGUCGACGCUAGCACAGAGCAUGAAACAAGUCGAGACCCUCAUUCGUGGCCUGAUGCCUGAAGGCAGCACUCUAGAGAUAUCCAAAUUUGAUGAGGGCCAGCCAGGGAACCCGGAAAACCAAGCAGCAUGUCUAUCGAAGUGCCUUCAAGAGAUAUCUCAUUCUUCCGUCCGCCUGAACGCUAUUCAGCGUAGAUAUAUCGAUUCUCGCACGUAA